GAGAGAGGGAGAGCGAGAGAGAGGGAGCGAGCGAGAGAGGGAGCGAGCGAGAGAGAGGGAGAGAGAGAGUCAGCUACAGAGGUGGUGUGAGUGAAGAAGAAAUUGAAGGAGAGAGAGAUGACAAAAUAUCAAAAGAUAGAAAGCACACUGUACCAUGCGAGCUAAAUUGGUGAGCGAUGUGAUCGAGGAUGUUGGAUUAAUGGUGACCACCACAGCCCGUUUUCGCAGAGGAAGCCUUUCUAUUGCAACUUGGCUCCAGAGGCUCCGCGGGGAAACAUGGCCGAAGGAGGGGCGGGCAAAGGUGUCGGUGAAGACCCCGACAAGUCCCCCGAGCGAGGGGAGAGAGGCGGUCCACAGAGCGUGUCAGGGGCAGGCUUCUGCAAAUGGUUCAACGUGCGGAUGGGCUUCGGGUUUAUCUCCAUGACUAGCAGCGAGGGGAGCCUCGUCGAGCCUCCUUUGGACGUCUUCGUCCACCAAAGUAAGCUAGUGAUGGACGGGUUCCGCAGCCUGAAGGAGGGCGAGCAGGUGGAGUUCACCUACAAGAAGUCCUCCAAGGGCCUGGAGUCCCUGCGGGUGACGGGGCCCGGCGGGGGGCCCUGCGCCGGCAGCGAGAGGAGACCCAAGGGGAAGGUCCUACUGCAGAAACGCAAACCAAAGGGAGACCGCUGUUACAACUGUGGCGGCCUGGACCACCACGCCAAGGAGUGCGGGCUGCCCCCCCAGCCAAAGAAGUGCCACUACUGCCAGAGCAUCGCCCACAUGGUGGCCCUGUGUCCCCACAAGGCGGCGGCGCCGGCCCCCGGAUCUCAGGAUGAACACGCCUCUACCUCGGCCCCGCCCGGGGGCCAGGAGGAGGAGCAACAGGAGGAGCAGCAGGAGGAGCAGCAGGAGGAGCAGCGGGCCAGGGGCGAGGAGGGCCACCGCCCCGGCUCCUCCUUGCGAGGAGGCGUCUCCUCCACCUCCACCUCCUCCUCCUCCUCCCACUCCUACUCUCCGGAGGGGGCUCCGGGCGUGCGGCCGCGCCCCGCCACCAGCCGAAGACGCAAGAAAUCCUGAAUAUGCCCAAAAAGCAUACACCCCCCCCCCCCCCC